ACCCUAAUUCCAAAACCCCACCCCUUAACUCUAAAUCCUAAGGUUUGAAUUAAUUAACCCAAAUGGUAUAAGUGUAUAUUUACCUCUUUAGUGAAACUUAUUUUUGUGAUUUUGAACCUUGAAUGCUACUUUGAAAACAAAAACUUGGUUUAGUGCUAUCCUAUUCUUUUUCUCUUUAAUAAAUGCUGAUAAAUUAACAAUAUUAAAAUAAAUUAUCAGUACAAAAUUUUGCUUACCAUACGAUGUUGUUGUUUUUAUAUUUUCUUGAUCUAAUAUUUAUAAUUUUGUCUAUAUAAGACCAAAAAUGUAAAAAUAUUAUCUUGUACAGAAUAAUUAUUAUUUGAUAUUUAAAUAUUUUUACCAAAAUACUACUGAAUAUUAAUUAACACAUUAUAUUAACUAAAUAUAAUUUUGCAUUAAAACUUCAAAAAUGAAACAAAUAAAACUGCUAUGGAGGAUAGAAUCAAAGACAUUGUUUUUCAUAUAAUCCAGACACGGUCAGGCGGAAGUGUUUAUCGGAGAAACUUCUGGUCUGAUCAUAACUUGAUAUAAUGAAUAUGGAUAGUUGUGAGAAAAAACUUGUAAAACUUCUUAUUUAAUAGGCUAGAGAAAACAAAAUUUGUUUGGUCAUUUAUUUUGAAUACAUACAGACUCAGAUGAAAUAUUCAAAAUAUCAAAAUUUGAUACUUCCAAAGUAAAAGAUUAUGAUUAACAAAAUUUAGGAAGGACACUCAGAUUUUUUCUUCUCCUCCAUUUCUGAUCUUCUCUUUUGUGAUGAUUCGCCACAAAGUCUGCUCUUCUUUUCAUAUGUGGAUUCAAGGAAAAUAGUACAGUACAUGUCUGAACCAUUGAAUUAUACCAAUUUGAUUUAGAUUAAUAAACGUGUCACAUUUGAUUAACAGAAUCAGAUCAUCAAAUAUUCAAAGUCUAAAGAGAUUAUGACUUUGUCUGCUAUUGGUUAAAGGUCUGCUGAAAAGAAGCCUAGUUACGAACAUAAGUAUAGCAAUUACAUGUCGUUUGGUGUAAUGCCUUAUUAUUCGAUCUAGCCUCUAGGAGCUAAACAUGUGAAUUUCGUUAAGCAUCAAUCUAAAUACUUGUCUCAUUGAAAAUUCGAUGCCUAGUGACAUAAAAUAUGUUAGUUAUGUUGGAAUUUAUAGACACAUGUAGGUAAAGCUUUUGCUUUUAAUUAUUCCGCAUAAAGUCACGUUUUAAAGAAUGUUUAAUGUUUGUUUCCCAUAGUUUAACGUUGUGUACACGCAAUAAGCUAUCAUCGUUUCAGUUUAGCUGAUCAUGGUACGUUUGCUGGGGGGUCAUUAUAAUAAAAACCAACUGUAUAACGAUCCUGCGAGACAAGAAAAUCUCUUAUCAUCAAUAGUCAGACAUCAAAUCUGGUUUCCGGUAAUUUGACGUUGGCAAGUUAAAUAAUUAUCUUUAAAAAAUAAAAUAAUUAUUACUCAUAGCACAAGGCCGAUUCAACGUUUCCAGAAAUCUAGCGUAAGACUAGAAUAUUAUGCAAGAUACAAAAAUCUCUGCAGUUGUUCCCAGUGGCUGAGGGAGAAAAUGUUUUUUAAAUGGGUCAAAUUGAUGAUACAAGUGUUUUACAAGGGCCAGUAAGCAAAAUUCAUUAUAUGUUUCUAUAUGAAAUGCAAAAAAAAAAAAAAUUCAAAAAUUCACAUGAGUCAACUGACCCACAUGAUCAUAGGCUAGCUCCGCCACUGGUUGAUCCUAAAUUUCUGAAACCGAAGUUAUGUCUUCUUUAGCUAAGCUUCGGACCAAGCAGGUUUUACCAUGAAUAUAAUUUAUUGUGAAAUUUUCCUUAAACUAAAUGAUUGUUCAGUGAUGAAGUAGCUUUGAUUCUCCAAGGAAACAUCUCAAUUUUUCGACAGUGUAGUAAUCAUGUAGAAGACAUCACUAACAACUCCAUUCACGUGACAAACUUGACCACUGAUCAAAUUUACUUGACCCGGCCUGUAUGGCCACUACCCAGCACACGAAUUGACGAAUCUUGAAUUAUUAUAGUAAUAAUAUAUAUGAAACUAUAACUUCCUAAAUAAAUAUAAGAAUAUCAUCACAUCAGUUUCUCGGUGGAGAGCAAAAAAAGUUUAAAUAAUAGCAACAAUGGAUAUUUCUUGCAAAAAUAAUUAAGUCCGCUGCCUUCAGUUUUGGUUUACAACCCACAACUUCAACAAAAUAAAAAAAUAGUCUUCUCAAACUUUUUUCUCAUCUGUCCAUCGGCACAUCUAAUGAAAUAUAUUUUAUUUUUCUUCUUAUCCCAUCAUUUCUUAUCGUACGAUUUGUUGUUUUUCACUAAAUUAAGAUUUUUUCUUCAGUUUUAACUUUUAAGUUUUAACAUAGUAUAAAGUAUGAUUGGUAAUCUACGAACGUAGUUAGAAACCAACCGUUCAUACUCUUGCCAAUUGGUGUAAUAGUUUGGGGAUUGGUUAAAAGCAGCCGUAGAAUGUAUAUUAUUUUCGUAAAAAUAUAUAUAUAUUAUUUUCAUUUUUUAUAUUUUUAUACCAAGUAUAAUAAGAAAUCGUUGAAAAGAUCUCUAACUAUAACUAUUAUUACUAUCUCUUAUCGUAUAGUUACAUACAUUAUUAUAUAUUUUGCCCUUUUAUUGAGAUAUAAACAACAACUUUUACUAUACGUACUGACCAAACCUUGUCAACCAAGUGUAUGUACCAAAAUUUGGUACAUAUAGAUUUCGAUGUACCAACAUGGUUAUUUCACGUUUGCAAGCGGUGGUUUUUCCAGUUAGAUAAUAAACAACUUGGCCCUUUAGAGUUAGUAACGUUAGAUGGGAUAUGCUAUGUUCAAGGAAAAUAAACCAUAGUAACAUAUAAGAAGAUAAAAGAAAAACAUAUAAGAAGAGAAAUAAUCUUUUUUUUUGUCAGCAAGAAGAGAAAUAAUCAAAAGAGUGACAAAAGGAUUUCAAUACCUUUAUUGGACAAAUAGGGCUGUCCCAUGAUAUGACUCUGUCCUUCUACAGCUGUCUUGGUAAUUCAACUUCUGCAAUUUUUAUCGCUUAAAUUUUUUUCUCUUUCGAAUAUAAUGUAAAUAUGUGUACUAAAGCUAAUAUAAAACAGAAGUGGGAAACAAAACCGCAGAGAUUCCAUGGUUCUCUUGUUACUUGCUUCAGUCUUCUUGUAGUCUUCUCAAUCAUCAUAUUAGGACCUGCCACGGUAAAAACAAUUAUCUGAAGAAGGAUUUUCUUACACUGACAUCAUGAUAGUUCAAUGAAAAUAAUUAGUUUAAUCUUCUUUUUUUUGUUAAAGGGGUUUAAUUAGUUUAAUCUUAUUAGUAUAAUGCUUAUUGAGUUUUUUUAUCAAUAUUAUUGAGUAUAUCUAAGUGAUUUUAUUUUAUUUUUGGUAAAAAUGUUAAAAAAUUUAUACUAUUUUUGGAGUUUAUACCAUUAUCUAUGUUGAUUUCUUAACUUGUUCUUCCUCCGUUUUAUAAUACUUGAUGUUUUGCCUUAGUGCACAAAGAUUAGAAAAGUUAGAUUUAAAAAAAAAACAUUUUUAAAAAUAUAGUUUUUAAAUUAUUUAACCAAUUAUAAAAAGAUGGUAAAAUCUAAUUGACUUCUGAAGUUUCUACUCGAUCGUUCACUCAAUGGGGAUAAUAAUGAUGUCUUCAAGGUUUUUUGGUCUUGAGAACUUUUUUUUAGGUCUUGAGAAGUUAAAUUUAGCCAAGUAUUAUUUAUGAUUUUUUUUAAAAAUAAUAUUUGAUUUUAUUUGGUGAUACAAUGCUGGUUCAUAUCAUAGAGUAGCAUUUUUGUUUCAACUCCAUUGUGAUAUGCCCAAUUCUUUAUAUUGUCACACUAAAACUGGACCGCUAACUCUAUACAAGACAACAGGUUUUGUUAUUAGCUUAUAUAACCCUACUCGGACAUUCACAAAAUAACCUCGUGAACUACAGCUUUGUGAUCACCGUUAGCAACUUCUUUAGUAGCAGACUAGCAGUGAGCACAUCAACAUACAACUUUACUAGUUCUGAAUUUUUUUUUAUGAAUAAUAAAGUGCAUUUGCUUUGCGAAAUCAAGAAUGCCACGGUAAGAAAACAUUGUAUUUUUUUUUUUGCUGCAACCAUAUCUGAAGAAUAUCACUUUUACAUCUAAAAAAUGAUGUAACCAAUUGAUAUUUUAAAAAAUUUGGAAUUUUAUUUUUUGAAAAAUGUUUUAAAAAAACGAGGUAUAUCAAAUUGGGUAUAAAACGUGAAUGCCUUUUUGCUAGGGUGAAAUGGAAACACAACUCACGGCCAAGCAGAUACUUCUCUCUUACUGUUUCAUUUUAUUUCAUUUGUUAUUUUAUUCAAAAGAGUGAAUCCUCAAUAUUUUCCAUCACUUGAUAUGACCUUUCAGGAACCUUUUCUUUAUUCAUCGAAAGUAUUAGUAUUUAACAAGGUGAAAUAUAAAAAUAAAAUACCUUUUCGAACAGAAUAAAAAUAAAAUACCUAAGAACAUACAAUAAACGAUCAUUCAGUAUUUAAUAUUCUCUUUAAUACAUAUAUUUAUACUUUUUUAGCAAUGCAUAUUCACAUUUAUACCCUUAACAACCUACAACUAUAACAACAAAAUAAACUAAUAUGCACAUAUUUGUCCCCAAAAGAAGAAAAAAAACUAAAAUGCAGUUUAAAAGAACGACAAAAGAUCAUUGAUGAAACUCAACUAGAUGUUUCUUUUAACGAAUGAUAAUCUUCAAUAAAAUAUCCUCUGAAGUAAAUUUGAAAAAUACAAUUCGAUAUAGCCAUUAGACGUUUUUUCUUUUCUUUAAUGAUACUAAUCAAAUUAAAGACUUACUUUUAAAAGAUUUGUACCAUUAUCGAUCUCACCUGUUCACGGUGUUUGUUUUGAUUUAUCAUUCAACAUAAAUAAAUGCAAGUUAUGGGCCAUUUCAAGCCCAUUAUUAUCGAGUUGGCCCAUAUUCCUAUUAAGGAUAAGAAGCUAAACAAAACACUUGUCGGAGCUCAAGGUCUGUGUCUGUGUAAGGUUUUUGUGGCAUGGAAAAUGUAUGUGAUUAGCUUUGUCAGUCACUGACUGAAAAAAACAUAUUGAUACUUUCUUUUGUCAAUAACUUCCGCCGACAUAUGUUGAAAUCUUUUAAGCUUUAUAAGAUAUUCUGAUUGACAACUUAUUUUUCAAAAGAAGGGAUAAUGAUUCAGGGAAGAAAAGAAAGAGCGCAAUCAGCGGCAUGAAUAUGUUUUCCCGAAACCCCAAAGUAAAAAAGACUCAACACUUUGAUGUUUUUUUCUUUGCAUGCUUUACUUUUUCAUCAUUUUAUCUCACUAAAAUGUCAAUACUAAACUUACAAAACUGUAAGGUGCAACAAAGUCCUUGAGUUUCACAAGGAUUAUAUAUAAAUCUUCAUUUUACAUAUCAAUUAAUCAGGAGUGUGCAACUCUAACUUGUUUUCUUCUCAUAUUUAUGUUUCUAAAAUUGCAAGUUCAAUAUGGCACCCUUAAGACAAAUAACCUUUUUUUUUUUGAACAACAAACUUGACAAAUAACUAAAACCAAGCUAAAGUAUAAUAUGAAAUGUUCAGUUUUACUUUUGAUAAGAUCUGAGAGUCAUUUACAGACCAAACCAACCAAGCUAAAAUAUAAUAUUUAGACAUGCAUCAUUAUUUACUUAUGACCCUACAUUUACAUGCCUUUCCUUGCACAUUUUUUGUUCCAAAAGACAAAACAAAGAAACACGAUCGAAAAGAAAAACAUGAACUCCAAAUCUCUCACUUGUUGUGUUGUGUUCUUGCUACACACAAAUUUAUUAUCUUCUACAUCGCCAUCAUCUCUCAUCCACAUCAACUCCACGACAUCAAUCCUCAAUGUCACGUUACCACACUCCUUAUCUCAAUCCCUUGAGGAUUUCGCCCUCAAGACGUUAACAAACCAACACCACACCGGUUCUUUAUACCGAGCUGUCUUACCGAAUAAUUUAUCAGGCAUAGAAGUCUCCAUAGUCCGUCUCAGCGGGAAGAGCAUUUGGAACGCCGGGGCCAGAUUCAGCAACGUGCUUAUUCCGGCAAGGUCAGUUUCGGUUCCUCCUGCAAGGAGAGUCGCUAUUGUGUACCAAAAUCUAGGGAACUGGUCUAACCAUUGGUAUACCGUACCCGGUUACCGGUUAAUCACUUCUGUCUUAGGGUUUAGGGUUUUGGACGUGUCGGAUCAAGACAACGUCAAAGAGAUCAGUCUAAAGAUGAAGAAUCCUGUAAAGAUCUUGUUUAGGGAUUUAUCGGAUGAAAAAAUGUUGUCUAGGGUAAGUUGCGUGAGUUUCAAGGCACAAAACGAAGACAAGGAAGCUGCUCGUAUAAGCAGAAUGAUUCUCCCGGGCGUGUGUUAUGGUUCAAGCCAUGGAGACUACUCGGUGAUCGAACCUUUAGAGAAGGAUAAGAAGAAGAAGGUGGCGUUAUGGGGGACCUGGUGGUGGCUGUGGAUGGUUGGUCUAGUAUUAGGGCUUGGCAUGUUAUGGUUCUUAGGGUUUGUAUGUACAAUGGGGCUAAGGAUUUUAAGAACAAAGAAGAUUCAAGUGAUGAUGGAGAGGGAAGCUAAUGAUGGUGAAGUGUUUGAGAGUAGGUGGGUUGGUGGAAGUAAAAUGCCAUCUGCAACUGUAACCAGAACCUUACCAGAGUCAGAAUCCCGAUUCGAAAACGGUUAUCAUGGAUGAAUAAACGUUUGUGUCUAAUAAUUCAAUAUUGAAAGCACUGUGAAGAAAUAUGAAUUUAUCUUUACUAUGCGAGACAUUAUAGCUGAAUCUCAAAGUCUUCUCACAUCAAGACUUGUGUUAAGUCUAGGCAUUGCAUAUUCCCACUCUAAAACCCUCGCAAGUAUGAGCCCAAAACAGUUAAAACUCAGAGGAAGAUAGCCAGCAAGAUGAAUAAUUUGUAAACAUAUUCUACCUCUUUCAAUAUUAUAAAUACCAAUACAUAUUAGACAAGAAUGUCUAGAGAAGCUUAAUGAUUUUAUUCAUACAAUAUAGGUUUAAUGAUUGCAAAGGCAUCCCAGUAUUGAAUCAGAAGAAGAAAAACUUCAGUUGCAAGCAAAACAGGAUAAAUGGAUGCAAUAAUGCCCACA